CUCACAUUUAAAAAGAAAAAAAAGAAGAUCAAUCAAGAGAAAAAUAAAUAAAUAUGAAGCUUGUUGAAGUUCUUCACAUGAAUGGAGGAAUUGGAGACAUUAGCUAUGCAAACAAUUCUUUGGUUCAGAGAAAGGCCAUUCUCAUGACAAAGCCAAUAAUAGAACAAGCCAUACGUGAUCUUUACUGCAGCCUUCUCCCAAAAAACUUAUGCAUUGCUGAUUUGGGUUGUUCCUCUGGAGCGAACACUUUCUUGGUGGUAUCAGAGCUUACUAAAACCAUCGAGAAAGAACGAAAAAAGCACGGAUUUCAAUCACCAGAAUUUCAUUAUCUCUUCAAUGAUCUUCCUAGCAAUGAUUUUAACACUAUUUUUCAAUCAUUGGGAGAAUUUGAACAUGAUUUGAGAAAGCAAUUUGGAGAAGGAUUUGGUCCAUGCUUUUUUAGUGGAGUGUCUGGUUCAUUUUAUACUAGACUUUUUUCUUCAAAAAGUUUGCAUUUUGUUCACUCCUCUUAUAGUGUCCAUUGGCUAUCUCAGGUUCCUAAUUUCAUUGAGAAGAACAAGGGGAAUAUUUACAUGUCAAGUACAAGUCCACCAAGUGUUAUAAAAGCAUACUACAAACAAUAUGAAAAUGAUUUUUCAAAUUUUCUGAAAUAUCGUUCAGAGGAAUUGAUGAAAGGUGGAAAAAUGGUAUUAACAUUUUUAGGAAGAGAAAGUGAAGAUCCUUCUAGCAAAGAAGGUUGUUAUAUUUGGGAGCUUCUAGGAAUUGCCCUUAAUGAAUUGGUUAUUGAGGGAUUAAUAGAAGAAGAGAAAGUGGACUCAUUCAACAUUCCUAAUUAUACAGCAUCACCAGCAGAAGUGAAGUACUUAGUUGAUAAAGAAGGUUCAUUCACUAUUAAUAAAUUGGAAACUACAAGAGUCCAUUGGAAUUAUGCUUCUAAUACUAAUAAUGAGAAUAUUUAUAAUAAUGGUGGUUACAAUUUAUCAAGGGCCAUAAGAGCUGUGGCUGAGCCUUUGCUUGUGAGCCAAUUUGAUCCAAAAUUGAUGGAUUUAGUCUUCCAAAAAUAUGAAGAGAUUGUUUCCGAUUGCAUGUCUAAAGAGAAAACCGAGUUUAUAAAUGUCACUGUCUCCAUGACAAGAAACAACUAA